AUGCCUCCACGUUCUCCAUCCAGUGAGUCGUAUAGUGACCCUAACGUUGGUACCGCGUUGUUUGUCCAUGGUGUUUGUAGACCGCUACAGCGGCCCUACGACGGACCAUCUCAAGUCCUAUGGCGUGCGGACAGGCAUUUCACAUUCACUCAUGGCGAGGUGGGGUCGGCUGACAACCUGUAAGUGGCUUAUUACGAGCCUCUUGCGCUCACCCCAAACAGAUCAUCCCUCUACACCUGCCGCGGUGUCCCCAGUGAUUUCUCUUUCCCCGCUUACACCUAAUUACUCUGCAUAUUUACCUAUCUACCCAACUCCACCCUUCAUCCUAGGGAGCCAGUAGGUGUCAAUGAGAAAUCUGGUCUUGUUUAUUGCACUUACUGGGUUGGUGAAACAGACAAACAGGUCAACCCGAGACUGCACGCAUAAGAACCAUUUGUGAUACGAAGGAUACAAAACUUUCCUUAGGAACUGCCUACUUAUCCUCGUGGCGUGAGAUAUGGUGGGCUGCGUCAGUUCUUAUUCGAUGUGGAAUACUGGCUGUGUUCAAACAUUCUCCCAGACUACGUUCAAUCUCCGAGCCAUCACCAUACAGUCUCCAGCAGGAAACACACAUGCUAACUAUAACUUUUCAAGUUGUCCUUUUGUAUUUUUACGUCCCCUUGAUAUUAUUUAGCCAUUACAAAGGACUCUUUGGCAUCUUAUGGCGUACAAACAUGCAUUUUAAUGACUACCAUUGUAGUCGCACUGGUGUGGUUUUAAUCGACCAUUUUAAGGUGGCUCAUUCCAAGCCUCCUGCGUUCGCUCCCACAGGUCAACCUUCUACACCCGACACGACGUCUUCUGAAAACCCAGUUCAUUCUCCUAUCAUCCUGUCUCCAACACCUACACGUGGUGGUCGUCAUGUCCAUUUCUGUGGCUCCUGCAAACUUAUAUAUACCGCCUUAUAUAUCUAUAUGCCCAUUUCGAACUUUCCAACUCCGCUCUCCUUGGAGGAAGAAAGUGGAGGAGGAGGAAGAGGAGGAGGAGGAGGAGGAGGAGGAGGAGGAGGAGGAGUAG